CUUCACAGGGUCUUUCUUUGCACAAGCACAUAAUUCAACAAUCAGAAAAACAAAAAACCUGAACAACCCAAAAAACAGAAAGGUGAAAACACAAAAAUGUUGCCAAAACUCUUCAAUUUCCACUACCUAAUCCUCCUUCUUUUCCUCAACAUCAUACACCAUUCAAAAUCACAACCACCCACAUACGGCUACACUUGCACACCCAACACCACAACCACCAACUUCCCUUGCCAAACAUAUGUAUUAUACAGAGCUAACCCUCCUAGAUUUGGUGACCUUGCUUCCAUUGGUGAUCUAUUCAAUGUCAGUAGACCAACCAUCUCAAAACCCAGCAACGUUGACAACACAUCACUCUCUCUUCUCCCAAACCAACCCCUUUUCAUACCCAUCUCAUGUGGGUGCCACCCUGUUCAAAACCAAACACUUAGAGCUAUCUCAUAUGCUAGCUUCACUUACACUUUUAACCCAGGUGACACUUUGUACUUUGCUUCUACUUCUGUUUUUGGUAAUCUUACAACUUACGAAUCUACUCAAGCUGUUCACCCUGAUAUUGAUAUUUAUAAUAUUGAUGUUGGUGCUGAAAUCUCUUUUCCCAUCUUUUGUAAGUGUCCUAACAAUACCCAGUUGCGAAAUAAUGUCAGUUUCUUGGUUUCUUAUGUUUUCCAACCUGAUGAUAGUUUAGACUCUAUUGCUUCUUUAUUUGGGGUGUCCAGACAGUCUAUUGUUGAUCUGAAUGGGAAUGAUGAUCCUGGAAUUUUCGAUACGGUCUUCGUUCCGGUUUCGAGACUUGUUAGGCUUAAUCAAACUGUAACUCCUGGUGUUGUUACUAAUAAUCAGACUAAUCAGAGUAGUGUGGUUAUUAAUACAAAUAGUGAUCAUAAAGGGGCUGUUGUUGGUUUAGGAGUUGGUUUUGGGAUUUCUGUUCUGUUGCUAGUUUUGGUUUCUUUGUUGUUGAUUUAUAGAGAAGUUGAGUAUAGGAAGAAGAUGAAGGAGAGGGAUUUAGAGGAGGUGAAUAAGCAACAUAGUGUAGGGAAAGGUGGUGGAAGAGAGUAUUUGAAGGAAUUAGAACAGAAUUUGUUGUUGGCUGAUGUUUCUGAUACUUUGGAUAAGUAUAAGAUUUAUGAAAUUGAGGAGUUGAAUAAAGCUACUGAUGGGUUUAGUGAGAAAUGUGUGAUUCAAGGUUCUGUUUAUAAAGGUUAUAUUGAUGGUAAAUCGUAUGCUAUUAAGAAGAUGAAAUGGAAUGCUUAUGAGGAAUUGAAGAUUUUGCAAAAGGUAAAUCAUGGAAAUUUGGUCAGAUUGGAAGGAUUUUCCAUAGAUCCUGAGGAUGCAAGUUGCUACCUUGUUUAUGAGUACAUAGAAAAAGGAUCUCUUUAUUCGUUUCUACACGAAAACAAGGGUAAAUUGAACUGGAAAGCUAGACUAAGGAUAUCUAUUGAUAUUGCAAAUGGUCUUCAAUACAUCCAUGAGCAUACAAGGCCACAAGUGGUUCACAAAGACAUCAAGAGCAGCAACAUUCUCCUCGACACCAAUAUGAGAGCAAAGAUUGCCAAUUUCGGGCUAGCAAGGUCUGGGUGCAAUGCUAUAACUAUGCACAUCGUAGGAACCCAAGGAUACAUCGCGCCUGAAUACUUGACUGAUGGUGUAGUCUCACCAAAAAUGGAUGUCUUCUCAUUUGGUGUAGUGUUGCUCGAGUUGCUUUCAGGAAGGGAAGCGAUAGAUGAGGAGGGGAAAGUACUUUGGGCUAGUGCUCAAGAAAUUUGGGUCGGAACUGAGGAAGAAAAGGUGGGAAAAUUGAUGGAGUGGAUGGAUAGUUUCUUCAAGAAGGAAUCCCCCUCGCUAGAGGGCUUGACGAAUAUGAUGGCUGUGGCUGUUGCUUGUGUUAAUAGAGAUCCUUCAAAGCGGCCAAGUAUGGUAGAUGUUGUGUACGCAUUGUGCAAGAGCGAUGACCUCUUCUAUGAUAUAUCAGGCAAUGAGUUCUCUUCAUCUCCACUUGCAGCAAGAUAGACCAAAGAUAGUAGUUUGGAAGUGCUUGCCGCUGGCUUUAUUUAGAACUGUAGUUAUUUUUUCUGCUGUUGUAGUUGAAGGUGUGAGGCUGAGGGCAUAUAAUAUAUAUAUAUAUAUAUAUAU